AUGCUCGAAUACUUUACGUACAAGAAGGUCAAGAAGCACAACGCUGAGAAGAAGGCGAAGCAAGAAGCCGAAAAGGCGAGGGCUUCAGCGGACGAUUCCACAACCGCCGACGACGUCGAUCACCGAACAUCGAAGCUACUAAAAGGCAAAGAGCGCGACGAUGGUAGCGGCGAGGUCGACGUGGUCCUGCACGAAGACGACGAGCGCUUCAUCGAGAACCUCCUCGCCGAGCACGACGGCCCCGCGCCGCCCUUGCCGCCCCGCGUCGAAGUCUCCGACAUUGACUGGCCCUCCGACAACGACGCGGCCGUGACCGCCGAGUCCUCCAAGAAGAAUGAGGCCGCCACUGCCACUGCCCCAGCCAAGGACACAGCCGCGGCCAAGAAGCCCAAUCGGCUGUCGCUGCUCUUCACGCGCCACAAAAAGCCCGAGGACGGCCUGAAGCCCGAGGACGCCCAGCUGACCCUUACCGAGGCCGAGCGCGAGAAGAGGGACCUUGGCAACGUGCUGGACCGGCUGAACCUCACGGCCAAGAACAACAAGGUCGUGCCUGGCGGCGGUGGCGAUUCGGCCGCGCUCCUGGCUCGCUUCACGCAGGUCUUCAAGGACCUGGUCAACGGCGUGCCGACCGCGGUCGACGACCUGACGAGGCUCAUCGAGGACCGCGACGGCACCAUCGCCAAGGGCUUCGACAAGCUGCCCUCGUCGCUCAAGAAGCUCGUCACGCAGCUGCCCGACAAGGUGACCUCCACUCUCGGCCCCGAGAUCCUGGCUGCCGCCGCGGCGAGCCAGGGCAUCAAGGCCGACACCGACGACGGCCUCAAGGGUACCGCCAAGAAGAUCUUCCUGCCGCAGAACCUCAUCGAGCUCGUCACCAAGCCCGGCGCCGUCGUCGCCAUGCUGCGCGCCAUCGUCGAGGCGCUCAAGACGCGCUGGCCCGCGUUUAUCGGCAUGAACGUCCUUUGGAGCGUCGCCCUGUCCCUGCUGCUAUUUGUGCUGUGGUACUGCUACAAGCGCGGCCGUGAGGAGCGCCUGGAGCGCGAAAAGACGGAGACGGAGACGGAGACGGAGAAUACGAUUGACGACAGCCACCGCUUUGAGGAGCUCCCGGACGACCCCAUGCUGUCCGCGCCGCCGCCGCGCACACUGGUGACGGCUCCGGAAGAGACGACGGCGGCCUCGACUAGUCGGGAGUUGACGGAGCAGGAAGUCGUGCCAACCUCCAGUAGCGCGAAAUAA